AUGAAGCUCAGCUUCAAUUUGGUGGUAAUUUUAGCGAUUUUAUUGCAAGCCAAUUACGCCAGAAGCCAAAAAACAUCAAAAUUGAAUGACACAGAUUCCCCUUCUAAAAUAUCGCUCAGCGCCUCAUUUGACGAAAAAACUUCAACAACGAGCAAAACAACGACUUUAUCAACGAAAAGUAGCACAAAAAAAUCAACUUUGCGCAAAAGUUCGAGUUUAAGGACAACAACGACGACGAAAAUUCCUGCGAAAAUCGAAGCAAAUGAGCAACUUGAAUGCCCGAAAGACAAUGAAGCGCCGUUUCAGCUAUUUUUCACGAGUUGCACGAGCCAUAAGGAGUGCAAGAGUUUAGGUCCGAACAAUUUGUGUUGUAAAUUAUUCGGAAGUAAGCGUUGUAUCGAAGGAAAAAUCCCGCAACCGAAGGAACCGAAGCAUGAACCAAUUUUGUUCGUAAUUCCCCGAAAAUGCCCAAAACCGGGUCAAAUAUUGGCCGAAACUUGGUGGAAUAUUGAAACGUGCGAAACGGAUGCGGAUUGUUGGCCCCGAAUUUGUUGCCCCGACGGAAAAUUCAAAUACUGUCGAACAUCGCAGCCCGAAUUUGAGUCGUCAAGUAACCCAAUUGCGCGUCAAUUAGCCUCCCCGCUCGAAAGUGUGUCGCAAUAUUUGCAAUGUACCCCGCCGCCGCCCCCCGUCUUCGAUCCGCAUCCCAAAACGUGCAACAAUACACUCGAUUGCUUCCCUAAUUUGUGCUGCGCCGAAGCUGGCAAGCGUCAUUGUCGCCCGCCGCGUCGUUCAAUCCUUUCGUUGCUCACCGGAUUCGCGCAGGGAUUCUCAAACGUCAGUUUUAUCAGGGAUUGGAGCGAGAAUUUGGUCAUAAAGUAA